AUGAAUGGAGAGUCACUUGAAAUUGGAAAGAUUCGCGUCACUGGAGCCGACAGGACAAACCAUGCGCUUUUGGUUGAGCUAUUUGAUCCCCUUUUUCAGUGCAAAAGUGUUUCCGAAAUAAACGAGGCCAUCUCAAAUAUUGAUGGCCAAAUGCAGGCCUUUGAAAUCACCAAAAAGCCUCUCAGUGUUUCGCUCGAAUUUUCCUCUUCCAACCGUGGACCGAAAGUUCCAGUGAAUCUUGUCGUUGCAGUCGAUGAGAAGAGCCUAACCGCAAAGACAGGAACAGAAUGGAGGCAUAAUGAAAUAACCAUGUGGAUCAAAGGCAGCUUCUCUCACAUUUUCUCGUUUGGGUCUGUAGAAAGAACGCUCUCCGCCCCGGUCAUCACAGAAGAUGCAAUAUCUUCUUUCAAGUCAUCUAUUGGUUACCUAUUUAAAUACGACACCCGCAACGAUCCUCUUCUUCCCUCGUAUGGGAAAUAUUUCCACGCAUCCUCGGAAUGCAGUUUACUUGACCAGCAUAGCGGCCUUACAGUGAAAAACGAACUGUCAUCCCAGUUUCACUUCCCUAUACUAUCUCUUGGUGGCUGCUUUGGAUUGAUCUUUCCCUCACAUGUUCCUCAAAACACGCUUUCGUUUAUUGAUGAUAAAUUUUUUUUAGGUGGACCCACCUCGGUCAGGCUUUUUCCUUUGAGGAGCUUGGGACCGCAAAUCACAAUGCCAGAGCCCCCUGGGAAAAUAUCUACCGGUGGUGAUCUUUCCGCUGCAUUUGGAGUUUCUUUCUCCUUUCCAAUAGUGUCUGAUCUCGAGUCCAUCGUUCGGGGUCACAUUUGGACAAAUUUCGGGCAUUUGUCAAACUACCAUUGGAGAGGAGAAAACCUUUCAGGAAUAAGUUUUGGUUCUGGCAUCAUCUUUAAGAUCUUUAACAUUGCCAGGUUGGAGGCAAACUUUGGCUGGCGCUUCACUGCAGAUAAAAGGGAGAGCCUCUCUUCUUCCUUUGUGGGCCCUUCACUUGGAAUUAGCACCGAAUUUCUGUGA